AUGGCGGAUCAGCAGCUACGUCAGUGGUUCACAUCCAUUGACACGGACGGCAGCGGCCACCUUGACGCCAAGGAGCUGCAGCGCGCUCUCGGCCUGGGCAACCUGAACUUCACGUACUCAGAUGUGGACCAAAUGGUGCGGGCCUUCGACCAGAACGCCACCCGCACCCUAAACUUUGAGGAGUUCCAACGCCUGCACUUCUUUCUGGUCAACGUGCAGCAGAGCUUCCGCAGUUUUGAUCGCGACAACAAUGGCAGCCUCUCACAGGACGAGGUGAUGAACGCACUCCGCCAGGCGGGCUUCCAGCUGGACAAGCCGGCGGUUGUCGCCAUGAUCGACAAAUUUGACCUGGACAACAACAAGCAGCUGACCCUGGACGAGUACAUUCGCAGCUGCCUCUUUCUUCAGACAGGAGCGAGGACCUUUGCGGCGUUUGACGCGCAACGUAGUGGGAACAUCAACCUGAACUUCAGCCAAUUCGUCUACGCAGCCUCGCAGCUCGCUGGCUGA